CGCGGAACAAAAAAAAGCUGAGUCGGAGCGCUAAGUCGGAACUAUUACAUUGACGCACCAUCCAAAUUAAGCGAGCAUGGCGUCGGGUCGUUUGUGUAAACUUCACAGUCUCUUAACAAGACUCUCCAACGGCAGCACAUUGCGAUGUGUUCAGACUUGUUUGGUGCCAUUGAGACAGAAGUCCAGCGCUUCUUCACUUGAUGAUCCUAACUGUAAUGUGGAAAUCGGUGUGACAUCAGACGGGAAAACCAUAGUGUGCUUCCAUCCCACUGUCGAAAUCCCUUAUGAGCUCACCCAGCCCAUAGACCGACCGGACCCCCUGACCAACGUAGCCGAGACCCACGAUCAGGUUUUAAAGGCCCACCUCAGCAAGGAGGUGCUGAAGGACAAACAGGGACCCACUAUAGAAGAGCUGAGCAAGAUGUUUUUCACCACCAAACACCGAUUUUAUCCAUUCGGACAGUAUCACAGGAGACGCAUGAAGAAGGACCCCCCUCCAAAGGACAGAUAGUCACCAAACUGCAAAUUAGACUUGUUUUCUUGUCACAAUAAACUGUUAAAUAUGAA